AGUAGCUUUUAUGUUGUCAGCGGCAGUCUGCGUUUGUGUUUCGCCGUCGGUGACCUGUCGGUGACAUUUGCAAACAAUGCUCCUCGGGCUGACUAGAGGGCGGGUGCUGCCGUCUCCUUGGCGCUGCCUCCUGCAUUGUCGCCACAUUAAAUCUGCAGCCACCGCUGCGAGUGGUGUUGGAGACAGCGUGCUCUCUGCAUUUAGGUCUAUAUGUGGCGAGGACGGCGUCUCAUUGGGCGAAGCUGUUAGAGAACAACAUGGCAAAGAUGAGUCUGUACACAGAUGCCGUCCUCCAGAUGUGGUGGUGUUUCCACGUUGUGUGGAGGAGGUCAGUGCCUUGGCAAAGGUCUGCCACAAGCACCGCCUUCCCAUCAUCCCUUUUGGCACUGGGACUGGCUUGGAGGGAGGGGUUGGAGCUAUGAAGGGGGGAGUGUGCUUCAGCUUAAGGAACAUGGAACAGGUUCUGGAUCUCCACCCAGAGGACUUUGAUGUGACGGUGGAGCCUGGUGUGACUCGAAAGACUCUCAAUGCAUACCUGCGAGACACAGGCCUCUGGUUUCCUGUUGAUCCUGGAGCUGAUGCAUCUCUGUGUGGUAUGGCUGCCACCAGUGCAUCAGGUACUAAUGCAGUGCGUUAUGGGACUAUGAGGGAAAAUGUUAUAAACCUGGAGGUAGUGUUGGCUGAUGGGAGCGUCGUACACACUGCCGGGAAGGGCCGCCGUCCCAGGAAGACGUCAGCUGGCUAUAACUUGACAAACCUGUUUGUAGGCUCAGAGGGGACCCUGGGGAUCAUCACUAAGACCACAUUACGCCUCUAUGGCAUCCCAGAGGCCAUGGUGUCAGCGGUCUGCUCAUUUCCUUCUGUCCAGGCUGCUGUAGACAGCACAGUGCAGACGCUACAAGCUGGAGUACCCAUCGCUCGCAUCGAGUUUCUGGAUGAUGUGAUGAUUGAUGCGUGCAACAGGUUCAGCUCUCUGUCCUACCCCGUGACCCCAACUCUGUUCCUGGAGUUCCACGGCUCAGAACAAAGCCUCGAGGAACAGGUCAAAACAGCCGAGGACAUCACUCAGAGUAACGGAGGGUCAGACUUUCAGUGGGCUCGAGAUACGGAAACACGGAAUCGGUUGUGGAAAGCUCGUCAUGAUGCCUGGUACGCUGCUCUGGCUCUCAGACCGGGCUGCAAGGCCUACUCUACAGAUGUGUGUGUUCCUCUGUCUCGACUGCCUCAAAUUAUUGUGGAGACAAAGGAGGACCUGAUUGAGAACAGACUUACAGGUCCCAUAGCAGGCCACGUGGGCGAUGGGAAUUUCCACUGUCUGAUGGUGGUGGAUCCAAACGACCCCGAGGAGAUGCACAGAGUCCACCUGUUCACUGAGAGACUGGCUAGGCGAGCCUUGGCCAUGGAUGGUACGUGUACAGGGGAGCAUGGAGUGGGUUUAGGAAAAAGGGCGCUGCUGUGCGAGGAGAUGGGGCCUGUGGGCAUCCAGGUCAUGCAGAGUCUCAAGGACGCCCUCGACCCAAACAACCUGAUGAAUCCUGGGAAAAUCCUGCAGCGAGAAGAGCCAUGAGCAGCGUGUCCAUCUGAGUGAAGUUUGUGGACGCACCUCUGUUAAAGGAGCACAAGCAAACAUAUGAAAUCAUUGAAGCAGUGAUUUGCAAAUUCAGUUAAAUCAAGAAAGCUAUACGUGUUUUGUGGGAUUUCUCACGAAUGUUCCUACAUGCACCAGAAAACCUGACUCUUGGAAAAUGAUGAGUGUUAAUAGAAUCCUUUUUGCUAACUCCAAAUUUGAGUUUUUAAGGAAGACCUGGUCUGUUGUUGCAGACCAGCAAGCAUUAUGUAAAGAUUAUCUUCCACAGAUCCUUUCUUUUUGUGUCAUUAAAAUUAAUGUCUAAUAUGUGGAAUCACUCCAAGUGCUGUUCAACCUGUUUAUUGCCUGCUGAAUACAUUUCAUUGAAAGUAGACACUACAGUUUAUUAUGCUUUUGCUUUUGUAAACACUUUACCUAACUGCAGAUGAGCAUUUUGACACAGGACUCCAUUAUUCUAUUGAUUUGCAUAGCUGUUUAAAGAGUAUCUAGAAUUCAGCGACUAUAUGUUGUAUACUUUAAAUAAAUCACAGUAUGCAAUGGUUUCAGUGAAAUCCUUGACCAUGAUGACCUACAUAAAGAAACUGAAAGUUUUUGUUAAUUCACAGAAUGUAAUGUAGGAUGAAUGUCCAUGGGUGAGGUCUGCAUCAGCAGGAAAAGCUGAAAAACCUGUUAAGAUAUAUUUAAAAGUCCAAAAUCUUUGCCCUCUUUCACAUUUUUCAAAGCUAUACAGUGGGACAGAUCCAUCUUUGACGACCUGAUUCUAGGCCCCAGGCCUUAUCUUUGACCUCCCUGAUAUAGGUUGUCAGGAGGUCAUUAAUGACAAAAGUACAGUAACUUCUAAUAAUUUGGAGCGCUGCAUUUGAGCGCUACAAAGUUGGCUAUUGUUAAGAAGCUACAUAAAAGUGAGAAAAGCAAACAUGUUAGCUUUUCAGCAUGUUAAAUUCAUUUCACUGUCCGCUAACCGGAAUGGAGGCAGCUUUCAAGGAAGCGAGCAAACUUCAAGUAAUUUAAGUUGCCAUCAUUUGGAUUCACUGCGUUUUAUGUCACAAACCAUUAAACAAGAAAAUUAUCAGAGCCAAAUGAA